UUAUAUUUUCCACAUUCAUUCUAUUAUGAUGUUAACAAGUAGUAAUGGCUUCACGUAUUUGUUAGCCAAUUGAUUUCAACCCCCCCCCCCAACCAAUAUAUUUCUUGCUCAUUUAUAUCUUUCAUUCCCAAUUUGUAUCCUUUGCAAAUUAUAUGCAUUUGUUUUCAGUUUUGCGACCUUUGCUAAUUGGUUGUUUGGCAGAGUUCUUUCUAAAAGAUAGCAGAGAAAUGAAUGAUUAUGCAUGAAGAGUGUUUUGGAAGGUAACUAUAAGUCAAUUCAAAUACUAAAGGAAACGAAUCCUCUGACAGGUGCUAUUCCUCAUAUCUGACAGGCACUAACACUUUUCGGCCACUAAUGGUAGAGACUGAUACGUGGUGCUCCUCUGGUUCUGUCCUCCCCGAUGGAAUGCUAGUCCAGACCGGAGGCUACAAUGAUGGUGAUCAUGUAGUGCGCACGUUAGCCCCGUGCAAUGAUGAGUCCUGUGAUUGGGUUGAUUUUCCCGGUUAUCUAUCGGAGCGUAGAUGGUAUGCAACAAAUCAAAGACUACCAGAUGGUCGGAUUAUCAUCAUCGGUGGAAGGAGACAGUUUAACUACGAGUUCUACCCUAGAAACUCUGAAUCUUCAUCUUCUUUCUGGCUUGAAUUUCUCAGAGAGACUAGAGAUGAUCAUGAGAACAACUUGUACCCAUUUGUACACCUAUUGCCAGACGGAAACUUGUUUAUUUUUGCCAACACAAGAGCUAUAUCUCUAGAUUACAAGCAAAAUCGUGUUGUUAGAGAGUUCCCUUCAAUAACCGCCGAUGAUCCUCGAAACUACCCUAGCUCAGGUUCAUCCGUGUUGCUCCCCAUAGAUGAAAACGAGCCCAUUGAGGCUGAGGUUAUGGUAUGCGGCGGUGCACCCCGUGGUGCAUUCUCCAGGGCUAAACAAGGGAUCUUUGAUGCUGCGAGUCGCUCAUGCGGACGCAUAAAGGUCACGGAUGAAAAUCCCAGUUGGGCCAUGGAGGACAUGCCGAUGCCUCGUGUGAUGAGUGACAUGAUACUUCUUCCCACUGGUGACGUGGUCAUCAUCAAUGGUGCCGGAUCAGGUACUGCGGGUUGGGAAAUUGGGCAAAACCCGGUUACCCGACCGGUGAUUUACAAGCCCCACGGGGUUGAGGACAUCCGGUUUUCAGUCAUGUCCCCUGCGACAAGGCCAAGAAUGUACCAUUCGAGUGCUGUUUUGCUAACUGAUGGUCGUGUUUUAGUUGGAGGAAGCAACCCACAUCCAUACUACAACUUCACUGGGGUACAAUACCCGACAGACCUGAGCUUGGAAGCCUAUUCACCGCCCUACUUGAGACCCGAGUACGACCCAAUACGCCCCAGAAUUAUGAAUAUCAAUGAGAGUUUCAGGUAUAUGCAGUCAUUUUGGGUUACUUUCACGGUGCUGAGGUUCCUGAAACUGAGUGUUGUAUCGGUGAGAAUUGUUGCACCGUCGUUUACGACGCAUUCGUUUGGUAUGAACCAAAGAAUGGUGGUGCUGAAGACGAGUGAACUAUACUGUGUUGGGUCAGAGGAGUAUAGGGUAACUGCAAUAGGGCCUUCAACAGCUGAGAUUGCACCACCAGGUUACUAUCUGUUGUUUGUUGUGCAUGCUGGUAUACCAAGUUCUGGUAUGUGGGUGAAGAUUCAGUGAUGGGUUGUUUGUGUGUAGCUAAUAUGUAAUUUUUUUGCUAUAAUAAUAUAGAUUUCAGUAGUAGUGUAUUACAAGGAAAUGUGAAUGCAAGGGGUUAUGAUUGAUUUACUGGAACGAUAAGGAUUUGUUUGAUUUGCAUUCUAAGAAUUGGAAUAAUAUUGUAGAGAACUGAGUAAUGGUAUAAAAGCAUAUUUUGUUUACUUUUUUAUAGAA